GGUAGGUUCGUUGCUGUGUUUGGCAUAGCAUCAGCUAUGUUUGGGGGCAAGAAGAAAGCAAAGCGACCCGUCAUUUCUGGACCCUUGAACUUUCAACACAAAGUUCAUACAGGUUUUGACUCAGAACAGGGCAAGUUUGUUGGUCUCCCACGACAAUGGCAAAGUGUUGUCAACUCAGAAGUAAAGGAGCGACCAAAACCAAUUGUAGAUCCUUCCUGCAUCACGCCAAUUACAAAGGAAAUUAUUCGGGGCCAAUCACAAGAACCGCCUAAUGGCGUGUACCAACGUGGUCCAGAUCUACGUAGCAUGAGUGUCAUACGAUCAAACUCACUGCGGAAAGACAGCCCCCCUACACGCCAUCGUGUGAUGCCUCAUCAGAUUCCUUCACCAGUGCAAGAACAUCCUGACGGACCACCCCCUCUAGUGGGGCGCUCACAGUACCCGAGUCACAAACCUCCGAAUGUGCCUUCUGACGUGUACAGAAACCAUAAUGCAGCUCCAUCGUACCACCAAGAUGAAACAAACAAAGAGUAUGACAGGAGAGAGUGGGAGCACAACAACCGCUCCCACCCCGCUAUGUACUCUUCCACUAGAGCGCCACCAUCUGGCAGGGAGCCUCCUCCAACAUCCAAAUACCCACCUAGGUUCCAACCAAAACCCGACGAUUCAUUAAAACGUGAUUCAGGAAAGUACUUUCCUGAGCGUGGGCACCCGCGCACUUCGACCUCACCGCAACAACAGUUCUUCCCUCAUCAACACCAAUCGAAGUCGUCUCCAGCAGAUGGCCAGAACUACCAUGGUGACAAGUAUCAUCCAUCCACAGACUCGCCUGCUGCCAAUCAGUUCCCUGGUCAGCCCAGGACACCCACUUCUGCGCCAGCACGGGAAUAUACAGACAUUAACGACGCGCCGCAUUCACAUUACCCCGAAGCAAACUACCACCGCGGCCAUCCGCCCCAGCCGGCCCCGAAAGCAGGCGCGCACCGGACCGCCACGCCACAGUUUGGGGAGGAUAAUUCUUGGCAGGGUUCGAACACCCCCACCAUGCCGGCUGCCACGAGCUUUGGCAGCCAGCAUCCUGGUUCUCAUCCCUCUGUUUCCAGCGAAAACAUUCCCCACAACGUAGCGAGGCAGGCAUCACAAGCGCGCCCUGGUGACCGGCCCGGAGAAGUGGCGCGCAUGAGCGCACCGCAGAGCGAAGCGCAGCAGCGGCCCGCCUAUGUCAAUCAGGGAGUGUACAUGGCAUCACCCAUCGACCAGCAUGGCCGCAACAUGUCCCCACAGCGUGAUUUCCAUCCCCUCACUGCCGCUCACUCUGAACCACACAGACAGGAGAUGGUGGCACCAUCUGCUGGCCAGCAUCGCCACGACCUCCAUUCCGACCAACAAAUGGCAGCUGCGAUAAGAGUUCAGCAAAAGGCAAUACAAGGGGGACCGCAGCAGAAACCGGUGCCGCUACAAUUGUCCAACCAGCAUGGACAGACGGGUUCUCCGCAGGGGUAUGCGCAUGGUAUGCAGGCGCAGGUGAGACCGACUAGUCCUGGAAAACAACCCCAAUCUAACAGCCCUGUCAGAACUGACCGCAUGCUUCCCGAGCAGCAUAGACUGUCGCAUGAACAGUUUCGGGCAGCUCUGCAGAUGGUGGUGUCACCUGGUGACCCUAGGGAGCACUUGCCAAAUUUCAUCAAAAUAGGCGAAGGCUCAACUGGAAUAGUGUGCAUCGCAACUGAGAAAGGAACUGGCCGUCAGGUGGCAGUUAAAAAGAUGGACCUGCGAAAACAGCAGCGGAGGGAGUUGCUGUUUAAUGAGGUUGUGAUCAUGAGGGACUACCAUCAUCCGAACAUCGUUGAGAUGUAUGACAGCUAUUUGGUUGGAGAUGAAUUGUGGGUUGUGAUGGAGUUUCUGGAAGGUGGCGCCCUCACAGAUAUUGUGACACAUACACGAAUGGAAGAAGAUCAAAUUGCGACAGUAUGCAAGUCCUGUUUAAAGGCUCUUGCGUUUCUCCACUCUCAAGGCGUGAUCCACAGGGACAUCAAAAGCGAUUCAAUACUGUUGUCGCAGGAUGGCAAGGUGAAGCUGUCAGACUUUGGAUUCUGCGCUCAGGUGUCAUCUGAGCUUCCGAAGCGCAAGUCCCUUGUUGGCACACCGUACUGGAUGGCACCUGAGGUCAUAUCUAGGCUUCCUUAUGGACCAGAGGUGGACAUUUGGUCAUUGGGAAUUAUGGUGAUAGAGAUGGUUGAUCAGGAGCCGCCCUAUUUCAACGAACCACCAUUACAGGCAAUGCGACGAAUUCGUGACAUGCCCCCACCCAAGGCGAAGAAUCCUCACAGGAUAUCACCACGCCUUCAGGCAUUCCUCGACAAGAUGCUCGUGCGAGACCCAACUCAGCGAAGCACGGCAUUCGAAUUGCUGCAGCACCCAUUCCUGAGGCAAGCAGGUCCUACUAGCUCCCUGAUACCUCUCAUGCGCAGCUGUCAUCACAGUCCUUGCUGAGCGGCAGACACAUUGUUAUCAUUACCUUAGAUUACAAUGAUUACACUCUGUUGCAAGACCACACCCAUCAGUAUCCAUACACACAUUAUUCACACAUUUAUCUUGCUGUCUCUCUCUCAUAUAUAUAAUCAUUCAUUUAUACAGAAUCGUAAUGUACUGACAAGGCUUCCCACUUUUUUGAGUGACAUGUAGGUGUUCCAUUAUUAGGCGGCUGAGAUAAGGGUAAACAAUGAUUCCACACCAGCUGUAGUUAUCAUCUAUAGCUUAUAUACCAUAUUUAUACGUAUUGUAUCCAACACUGUACAUAGCCAUUAGCGUUCACCAGUUGUGAGAUUACCCUAUCUUUAUUGAUUUUCUUAAGUUUCAAAAUGAGCAGCUGAUGUACUCAACCUUUCAUGUGCCACCAGCACAAACUAGCAGUCUGUCUAUACAGAGCUAUUAGCAGCAAUUUCUCUUAGUAAACAAGAUUAUACAUAAUUGCCUGCUAGCUUUGUGGAAUAUGUAAGGCCCUGAUGCCUCAACUUGCAUCUGAUAUAAGACAUUAACAUGAUUAGAAUGUGCGAACAGAAUGGUGCAUUAAGAUAAAUUGUUCAUGAAGAACAAGUGAGCUCGUUAUCGGUGUAGCUAACAACAUUUUAACUUCAAUUUGAGUAUGGUGCAAGUGAGCAGUAAUGGCAGCUUUAGGCAACGCCUGUUAUACAUGUUGCCAAUUUUACAAUGUGUAUAAACAUGUUAUCAGAUAGAGGUUGUAAUAAUCAUGCGUAAUAAAAUGGAUUUUGUAAUCAGAUGCAGAGGAUUUUUCCAGAGAUGACUUACUUUGAAUAUAAUUUUGACACUGUUUAUAGGAAGAUAGUGAGUGCUUGGUUCAGUUAUUGUUGAUGCCAAGUAGUCGAGAAUAUUAUUGUUGUUAGACAAUUGAUGUCAUGUAAAUGGAUAUCGUCUGUAUGGACAAAUAAUUCCCUGACAAUUGUUCUUAUAUUAUGAAUGUUAGCGCACAUUGACUGCGACAUGAUUAAAGCCGUCCUCUAUCUGCUAUAGCCACUAAUUGGUAUUGUGACUACAUAAGAAACUACUUUUCUGAGGUAUUAUGUUGAUUUCCUGGCUACUGUUUUUAUAGUGCAGUGGUGGAUGUACCUGAGUAAUUUUUUUUUACUGGUGUCCAUUCAUAGAGAACUUAGUGCUAUGUUUUAAAGGUUAUGAAUAUUUGAAGAGCUAUUGUGAUCAUUAAGAAUAGCAGAGUGUAAUCUAAUAUCGAGGACCCCCUAACAUCAGUGUCUAGUUGUUAGAUUUAAUCGUUUUAUACUCUUGCCAAUAGAGAUGUGAUGGCAGUAAAGAUAAUUAUUGUCAUGUUAAGCCACCCGAUAGGAAAAUAAACUAGAUUGAGAGUAAAAGGUUCGUGUCUCGUCUCGCUGCUUGUGAUUUUGCCAGAAAUCACUGUAGUGUGCUAUUUUAUAAACAUGGUUAAUUUUUUGAAGUUGAUUAUAUAUCCAAAUUAUGUAUUUACCAUGUUAAUAAUAUCUGUAUAGCAAAUACUAACACGUUUGUAACAGAUUCUAGCAUGUAAUAAAUUUGUUUGUAUGCAGCUACAGUGGUGACCACACCACUCCGUUUUUAAAGUGUGCUCCCCGUUUGAUAUACUACUAGUUUAACAUAUACACGAUUUCAAGAGAAAUGAAUUUGGCAUCUCAGUACUAGUAGUCUAGUAGACCUACUUGUCAUACUUGCUGAUAUUCUUUCAGUGUGUGUGCUGUGUGUCUACAUUCAUUGGUUUUAAAAAUGGAAUUUACAUAUUGUAGAAGCACGGUUAUAUUUCUUGUUAUUGAUAGAUGCAUAUAUGAAUAUUCACUCUGUCACUUGUAUGCACACUGAUGGUUGUUGGUAUUUAAUAAAGGUUUUAUAUUCUACGUA